GGCCCCAUCGCAGCCCCGGCCCCACGGCAGCCCCCAUGCCCCGCCUCGGAGCCAAGGUGUGCCUGCUCCGCUGCACCCUGCUCUCCUCCCUCCUCAUCCUCCUGCUCUGCAGCAUCCAUGAGACGGAGCAGAACCGAUACUGCCAGCAGAUCAUCACCGAGAGGCACCUGGCUGAGCUGGAGGAGCUGGCUGACACCCAGAUGCAGCACCCGGGCAGAGUUUCCUUCAAGUUCAUCAGCAAGAUACAGCUGAACGACUCCGUUUGCUACGUGAAAGCAGCUUUUCCUCUGCUGGGCAAGAUCCUGGAGCGCACAGAGUUCAAGGAGAACUCCUCCAACGCCAAGAAGAUGCAGAUGGUGAGGAGCAUGUACAACCGCAUCGAUGAGAGCAUCGACCCCUGCAUCAGGGAGGAGGAUGAAGAGGAGAGGAAGCUGUCCCAGAUGUGCUUCGAGGAGUUCACCACAUCCCCAUAUGAGAUGCUGCUGCUGGUCAAGCACUUCUUCCAGGACAUCAACCAGCUCCUGCACCACCAGGAGACCUUCGAGCGCGAUUGCAGCCAGGUCUACCGCAGAGCCUGCCUGGUACCCGGCACGGCUGCAGCAUCCCCCGGUGUGGGGACAGAUCCUGACUGCAAUUGCCUGUCCCCUGCCCUCCCUCCUGCCACCCAGCCCUCCCCCUCCGCUGCCAGCCCUGCCCGCAGCGAGGAGGCACCCGCUAGCACCCGGCUCCCUUACAGCCUCCUCCAUGCCACCCUCACCCCAUCCCAGCCCCCCAGUGCCACGGACGGGGGCUCGGGGGCCGGGGGGGUAGGUGAGGCUGCGGUGGUGCCAUCCAUUGGGAUGCAGGAGCCGGCUCCGGUGGAAGCCAUCCUGGAUGCAGCCGGGACCAUUGGCCUGGCAGCGUUGGACGUCCCCAUCCCUCGUGGGGACAGGGAGCUGCUGGACGGGGGCACCGGGACAGGGGCCGCUGCCCCCCGGCCGCAUCCUGCCCAGCACCACGGAGCCUCCAUCCUCCUCGGGACCAGCACCCCCGGCAGCGGCGGAGCCAGGAUGGAGCCCAUGGCCCAGCUCCGCUUCACCAGGAUGGCCCCGGGGCUGCGGGACAGAGCCGCGGGGGGCCCCGGGGCACGGGGCUGGGGGCUGAGCCGGCCUAGGGAGCCCCAGCACGGAGGGGCCGGGCCCAGCUUUGACUCUGGCUUUGUUCUGAGCGCAGAGCAGCGCAGGAAGGAGCCGCUCGCCAGGCAGGGCCACCGGGAGCCCCUCGUCUACAUCACGGUGGCCAGUGCGGUGGCCGUGCUGCUGGCCAUGGGGGGGCUGCUCUUGUACAAGUACAGAGCCAGGGUCCUGGAGCGGCCGCUGGAAGAUGGAGACCAUGACCCCGAGGAGCCAGAGAGGAGGGCACUGCAGGGAGCAAGGGAAUGUCCAGACCUGGAGACUCAGGACCUCUGAGGGCCCGAGGUGGGAUGUGAAGCUGCUCGGGGGCUUGGAUCCGGAUGCUCCUUGCUGUGUGCAGGAAGGGUCGGUGCACGAUGCUGAUGCUGAUGCUCCCUCUUCCCUCGCCCCACAGACUGCACAAACCUCCCUGGCAGGGACUCAAGGAUGUGCCCCAAGUGGGGACCCCUGUGCUCUGAAGGGAUUCAGGAUGGUGGCAGUGGCCGAUGUGACGCUGAGCUGGAUGCUGGAGGUGCUGGAUGUGGGAUGACGAUGAGGAUGGAUCCUGCUUGGACACGGCCAGCGCUGGCUGAAGGUGGAGGGGAUCAGCUCCAUGAAUCGUGUCCCACCCCAGCAUGGUUUGGAGCAGCACCAAUCCCUUCAUCCUGCCUUUCCCAAGGCUUCAUCCGGAGCAUCCUGGCUGCUGGGGCCGGGGGGGUGGCAGUCACCUGGACCCCCUCAAGCUGCACAACCCCAGCUCCUGACUGCAACCCUCACACUGUGAAGACUUAAGCCCACCAGUGCCCAUGUCCCUGCAUGGGAAUGGGUUUGGGGGUGAUGCUUGGCACCGUCCUGCUCCUCAUCCUCCUGCCUCCGGUCCUGCUCCCGAGCUGGCCUCGGGAUGCUCCGAGGGCUUUAUUUGCAUUAGAGUGAAUCAAAGCCUUUUAUCCCACAGGAAUAUUUGAGGGGGGCCCCUCCUGCCCCCCCACAGGGUUCUUGUUGCGAGCUGGCCUCGCCUCCGACUGGAUUUCCUCUUGUGACUGCGCUUUAAAGAAGGGAAAUGGGGCUCGGGAAUGACUUGGAUCAAUGGGGAUGCAUGGGAUGGAGAUGCCCACUUGGGUAGUGAGGGACGUUUUGGCUCAGCCCCGCUCCCUGGCUUUGGGAAUGGCCUGGUUUGGGGUGCGCCAGUCCUGGUGGUACCCAGAACAGUGGGGUUGGGCCGCAUCCUGCAUCCCUCUGGCCCCAAAUGUGAAGCGUGGCCUGCGCUGCUCUUGGGUUUUGAAGUAUUAUUUUUAUAUGAUGGAAGAAAACGUGGACAAAAGCAAACUUUUUAAAGAAAGCAUUACUAUUAAUUGUGGUUUAUAUAUAUAUAUAUGUAUGUACGUACGUAUGUGUGUAUUUAUGACUGCCAGAAGGAGGGGAUUCCAGUGCAAGGGACUCGGUGUAAAGCAGGAGCCAAGCCCUGAGUGCAGCAAGGAGGCUGUUGGGGGAGCUCUGAUUUACACCAUGGGGAAGGGGGGGAAUGAAUCUCACCUUUAAGCUGUUGUUGGAUUUAUUUUUUGCCUUUUUAUUUUCUCCUGGUUUUGAUACAAGGAAAUGUUGGAAUAUUUUAUACAAAGUCAUUUAAAGAAGUUUAUUUAAAGAAAAGCAUAGAAAGCAGCUUGUAUAUUUAAUAUUAUUAAUAAUA